AGUACAGUAGAGUAGAUGUGACCAAGGCGAAGAGUUCAUAUCGACCGGAUGAAAUCACCCCCUAUGCUGCACCCAUCCGCAUGCGAUAAAAGGGUGUUGUAAGCAUCGCUCUCUCUCUCUCUCUCUCUCUCUCUCUCUCCCUUCCUGCGGGGGUUGCUUGCUGUUUUGCGGUUCUUUUGCGGGUUUUGUUUUUAUCCGGUGUGCGCUCCCCUCCUUUUUCUCCCACUGUGCAAGUGUGUGUAUGGGUGGUGUACGGGCACGUGAAUGUUUGCUCCACCGGAGCACACUAAAACCGGGUGAACCACGGCUUUCGAGCGGAUGCGUGUAUGUGUGCGCCGUCCCCUGAGGGAAGCAAACAGCAUCGGCGCAGCGUUAUUCGAGAAGCGCACAGUGCGCGUGUUUUCGUGGAGUAAAAACAUUCGUCAAACAACGGCGCAGAGUUUCACACGCGGUUCCGUUCGAUCAGUGUGUUUUAGGUGAGCAGAGAUACCUUCGUCUUCCAGUGUGUAGCGAUAGUGAGAUCACAACAGUAUUGGCGUAGUGAACUGCGUCAUCGUCGUGCGUGUUUGGAUUGGUUGCGUUGCGGAAGGUUUGAUGUUGUUGGAUUCGUGCGCGUAAAACGGUCCCAACGGGGUAACUGUGACACCGAAAAGAGCUUAUCACACGCGUGUGUAUUGAUUGCAAUCGAAGGGAAGGUUCUACGGUUCGAGGGAGGGAAAGAAACAGUGAGACAGCAACGUAACAGAGCACGGCGGGUAAAGAGAACAACGGUAAACAUUUGGUGUAAACAGUACGCUGGUUCGACGCACGCUGCCGCGUACGAUAACAUCUAGUACUCCACCAAAUUCAGCAGUGCGGAAAGAAAGAACGCUUAAAACUAGCGGCUGAGCGGAGAAUUAUUAGAGAAUUUGGUGGUUCGAGAAAAGAUUCGUGCAAUUCGUGUGUCUGUAAUACGCAGCAUCCGUAUCGGGCAGGCAGCAUGGCAAACAACGUGGCCGGGCAGCUGUUGGUGUACGCGCUGCUGCUCUUCUUCAUGGUGGUCGUAGUGUUCCUGUCGUACGCAAUGAUUCUGCACACCGAGCAGACGCAGAUGUGGAGCACCAUCAAGGAUCGCGGCGCAAUGCGUACCAUGCCGAACGGUACCACCAACUACUGGUACUACAUUGUACGAGACAUGGACAAGAUACGCAACAUGACGGACAUACUGCACAUGGAUCGCUCUACGCACAUCGUCCCUUCGCCGGCCGGUUUCAGAGUGUUCGGGAAGGACUUUGAGAUACACUUCGAUCGGAUCAAUGUAACGAAUGGUGCCGGUGGGGAUGACAGCUCGCACCCGCAGGAAGACUACACACCAACGCUCGUGAAACGAAAGACGUACGUCUGGGAGAUAACCAGACGCCAACCAACGGCCAACAUUACCGUGCCGGUGUUUCUGGGGAAGCACGAAAAGCAAAGCAUACCACCGUUCCAAAAUGCGAUUUCACCACGGGAUUCUGACACUCAAAAAGAUUAGCCCCAAGAGCUGCUGCUUCCUCAUUCCUCAUAAAGUGUGCAUAGGGUCAACAUGUAAACAGCUAGAAAUGACCACUGUUUAACGAUAGGUUCCAACUGUUUGGCACGUGAGGAAGGUAGAGCAAAAUUGAUAUCGGCCAUAGAAGGCGUUUUGUGAAUUGACCUUUUUCUUUUAUUCAACAGAAAGAUCACUAGACAGAUCAUCAGAUCGAUAGAACUAAGUUAAGAAGCUACUAAUCAGCUAUAUGGAUUUUGGAAAACUUACCGUUAAACUUUUACUACAUAAAGUACGUAAACUUUAACUUCUUGGACGUAGUACAGUCAGAUCUGGACGCCCUCUCAAUUUCGGGAGCGAACAAGAAGUAAAAUAUAUUAGUUAUUGUUGUAAUUUAAGUUAAGUUGUUAAGUAAUUUUGUACAUCUAUCCUGAAUUUAUACACCAUAUUGUGUAGUGACACAGUAAAGCAGUAUCCAUGAAAGGCAUUUAUUGCAUGCUUAAAAUACGUACGUUACGUAAAAACGAAAUAAUAAUAUACAAAUGGAGAGGGCUUACGAAAUAUAAUUAGAAAUUAAGCGAUGUAUAUGGCAGGCAAUUAUCAUUAGAAAUGACAGAUUUGUGAUGCAUUUGAAAAAUAAAGAAUUGUGGUUCCCUUCUUGAUCAUUCAUUCAAAAGCUACUAAAACCUUUCCCAGUAAACAGUGCCGGUUUAAGAAACGUUCUGUUAAAACAUCAUAUUUAAUGGCAGCGCUUUCCUUUUUGCAUCCAUCCGAAGCGAUCAUAGGCUACUGCAGAAGACAACCAUCCGCUAAUACACAGUGUCUGUAAAACGCCCUGCAAUACGGAAACCUCUACCCUCAACAAUUAAUGGUUUGCAUAAAUGUGUUGUGGCACUGACGGUUCCAGUCAAAUGCCAUUGCUAUGACAAGCAGCAUGGUUUACGAUCGCAAGAAAAACACGACAAACAUUAAAAAGAUGCUCUUCCUCCGUACAAAAUUGCAAAAAUACACGGAAUGGUGGCGUCGUUUGGCGUCGGUACGUAACAGGCCGUAACAGACGCAUUAAAUCGUCCUAUCACGAAAUAACACGAUAAGAUGUAUGCCGACAUUUGGACCGGUAGUGGCUCACACAUUUGCUUCAUUUGAUCGUUCCCUCGGUGCGAUCGUUCCUGCUUUUGGUUUUCUAGACAGUGACUAGCAGAGUGCCUUCGAUAUGCCACAUUAAUCAUCCGCUCGUUUCGGGGAACACUUCUUCGCGGGCGAUGAAAAGUGGGGUGUUACGGUUAGGUCGCCGUCCGUUACAACAGCACCGACCAAGUAGUGGGCGAAAAAGAUUAAUUUAGUAAACAUACGCACGUGUGCGAGCGUCGUGGGUAAGGAUAAACGCUGAUGGAUGAAAUCGAAAGUGUAGCGUCGUGAGAUGCACUGGUAGCUGUAAAUAAAAGACCACUAUUUGCAUGCGGGAUUAGAUAUUAUUACAUGGAAUAUUAGAUAAGGGUUGGUGUGCAGGGAGCAAACAGAAAGAUCAUUUCCAUUGGGCACAACGCUGUAAGACGGGCUUUAAAAGUUGCCAAAGUGAUUAACCAUGCCUGUUCACCAUGUGCGUAAAAUCGGAAGUAAUAAAUAAAGAACUGAUAAGCGAGUGCGAUUUCAUGUAUAUUGGGAAUAUAUUUA